AUGUUCUUCAGUUGUGGCGUAAAUAGCUGCUCGACCGGUCGCCAAUUAGUUGUCAGUGAAUCAGUGCCCGAAGAGCUAUUGCGCGAUCCGCCGUCGCAAGCGCUUCGAACUCUAUCUCCGAUCUCACCGCCACCGCCGCCGGCGAAUCUUGUCGCCUGUUCAGCACCUACCUCAAGUUGUGAUACUAGUCGCUCGUGUUCGCCGUCAGUUCGAGCCGAACGCAUUGUACCCGGCAAGUGGACGCAUAUUUCUGGCCGAAUCUCGGUUCGACCGCUAACGCCGUCCGAAGCCGAAACCGCGCUUUCAAGACAGAAAGAGCAAGAGCGUCAGCGACGCAACCAAGAAGGAGCCAUGGAUGACCACGACGACACCCGUAGUUCGGAUGGUACAAUCCAUAUCCCCUCAAAUGAUGAAGAUACGAGAAGCAUUCGCCCGAAAGAGCCGACGCCGGAGAGUCCGGGUUCGCGAUCGAACUAUGGAGAAUUCUACUGGGAUACUUCUGGCGAGAACAACUACCAUAACACCUCAUCGUUCGAUGAUGACUUGCUGCUUGAAAUCGACAACUCGUCGCGUUCCGUUGCCGCCGCGCGAUUGGAUCGCACCCAGGAUGAUUUGAACAAGUUCCGCCAACGUAUUGACAACAACGUGGAACAACAGAAAGAGUACAGCGAGAUGAUGGCUGCGCUUCAAAACAAAGUUCUUGAGUACCGCAAGCAUAUCGCGGAGCUUGAAGGUCGCAUGGUUGGAGCUCGUGGAAGAAUUCUCGAUGAUCCAUCGACCAACGUCAUGAUUUUCGAUAACUAUGAUCCAGCUAGCAACACUUUUAUCACCAAUCACAAUGUUGAGCUUUGGAGUCCAGCUCGUGGAAGACGCGAUGUCAUCAACAUUGGCGGUGGCGGUGGCGCUGUCGCCGGUGAUCCGAACGCAAACUAUGAAAUGAUUGCAAGACUCGACGAGGAGCGCCGUCGUGCCGAUGAAUAUCGUAUGCAAUGGGAAAAUGAACGACAAAAGUCGUUGGCAUUGGAGGAUGAGAAUGAACGACUUCGCCGCGAGUUUGAAAGAUAUGCGAAUGAUUCUAGGGAUAAGGAGAAAUCGUAUAUCAAUCGCGAGAAAAACCUCGCUCAAUAUCUCAGCGAUGAGCAACGCAAGAUGCUUGACCUCUGGACUGAGCUUCAGCGUGUCCGCAAACAGUUCGCUGAUCUCAAAUCUCAGACCGAAGAAGAUCUUGAGAGACAGAAGUCGGACUUCACUCGCGCUCUAAGAAAUGUCAACACGAUUUCGAGAAAUAUCAAUCUCGUUGGGGGUGAUGGACUAUCUGGUGGUGCUGGUGGAAUUGCUUUUGAUGAUGGUGAAGGCAAUGUCACCCGUACGUCAAACAAUUAUGAGAAGGUCUUGAUUGAAACGAUCCGUAAGGUGGCUGGCACUGGAUCCUCUGCUUCUAACAACCUCGAAUUGCUUGAGGAGCUUCGCCGCGUUCGUGGAGGCGGUGGCAGUUCUGAAGGUGAUGCCGAGCUUCACAAAGAGCUCAUUAAGAAAUACGAGGAAUCGAUUGAGCGAAACAUUGAGCUUGAGUCGAAGGGUGACGAUGCGCAGAGAAAGAUCGCCGAACUUGAGGCAGAACUCAGAAGAAAUAAAGAGAAGCUCUCAGAAUCGCAAAAUGCUCUAAAGAAGAUUCACGAAAUGGCUCAGGAUAGCGAGAGAAGCAGUGAUGGAGCGAUUAGAACGCGAUCGUUGUCACCAGGAAAGACCCCACUUCCACCUGCUGAAGCCCUUCGAGCGGUUCGUAACACUUUCCGCAACAAGGAUAAUGAUAUUCAACAGCUUGAAAGAAAGCUGAAAAUCGCUGAAAACCAGGUCAAAGAAUUCCUGAACAAGUUCGAGAAUGCUGAUGAAGCUCGCCGUCGUUUGGACAAACAACUUGCCGAUGCUAAACGCGAGAUUAGCAACAUGCAGAAGAGCAUUGAAGAACUCGAGAGAAAUGGCCGGCGCACUGAAGACAAACUUCGAGCAUCGGAAGCCGAGAGAAUUGCCGCCGACAAAGCGCGCAAAUUCUUGGAGGAAGAGCUUGCCAAACUUCAAGCAUCCUUCCAGCAAGCUUCGACUGAUGACGUCAGAAAGUUGCGCGAUGAGAUGGAUGAGCAGGCCAACUCGAUUCAAGAAGAGUUCAAACUUCGCAUUGAUGAUCUCAAUCGAAGAAUUGAGAAUCUCCUCCGCGAGAACAAUCGUCUUAAAUCGGAAGUCAAUCCGUUGAAGGACAAAUAUCGCGACUUGGAAAAUGAGUUUGCUAACGUUCAACGAAGAAUCGAGGAGAAAGAUACCCAAUUGCGCUAUUCGGAUGAUAUGCGUAAAAACAUCCAAAAGGAUCUGGAUGAUCUUCGAGAAAAGUAUGAUCGCGCCCAUGUCGACAAUGAAAAGCUAUUGUCUGACUUGGAACAUGCUCAAAAAGCUGCUCAUCUUGCCGAACAACAAUUGAAAGAGAUCAAGAUCCAACGUGACGAUUAUCAGAAGCAAAAAGAUGAAAACGCUCGCGCUCUAUUUGACAUCCGUCACAAACUUGAGUCGGAGAUCAAGUCGCGUCAAGAUUUUGAACGAAACGGAAACCGAAAUAAUGAGGAAAUUCAAAGAUUGAAGCAGAUAAUUAGCGACCAUGAGAGCCAAGUGAACCUAUUGCGUCGUCACAAUGAUGAACUCGACACUACCAUCAAGGGACUUCAAGGAAAAAUCACUCAGUUGGAGAAUGAGCUUCAUUCAAGAAAUGGAGAAAUUGAGAAAAUCAAUGAUCUCAAUCAACGCCUGCAAAAAGAGAAACAAGAUAUACUCAACCAGAAGCUCAAGCUUGAUGGAGACAUUCAAGCUUUGAAAGAGACUAUUCGUAAGCUUGAAGUGGAGCUUGAGAAACUUCGCAAAGAAAACAGCGAACUAAUCGCAAAAGAAGCUCGCGCCAAGGAUGCGGCAACACAGCACAUGAAUCGUGCUAACCUUCUCAACAAAGAAUUGGAAGACACUAAACAGGAUUUGAAACAUUCUGGAGACAAGAUCAAAUCACUCGAGGAUGAGAUUCGCGAUCUUCGCGAUCGUUUGAGCAAUGUUGGACGUGGAGGACGCACCACGAUCAAUGUUACCAAUGGAGGAAGAGGAGGUCUUGAUGACUCAACGUCAGGUGCUUCAAGAUCUCGUGGAUCUGUACCAGGGGGAGAUUCUCGAGGAACUGGAAGUGAUACACGUGGUCCAGGAAGCGAUGUUCGCAUUCCAGAUGUUGAAGAGCUUGAUUACGGAGGUAGACGCGAUACUCGCGCUACUGGUGAUGGUGAUGAGAUUGUGAUUCCAUCAUCCGACAAUAUUGACAUCAACAUUCAUGGUGGCGGCGGCGGUACCACUGAUGGCCGCGGAGGCACCACAACCGAUGGUCGUGGUCCGAUUGGCGGAAGCAGCCGCACUGACACGCGCGACAGAAUUGAGCGCAUUGAAAAGACCAUCAUCGAUCAUUAUCAUGAUGACGAAUUGGCUGAACACAAGAUUCGCGAGAUCAAUGAUCGCUGGAAGCGAGAGCUCGAACGUCUCGAGAAUGAAAAAGACGAUUUGGAGCGUCGCAUUCGAGAGCUUGAUGAUGAGCUUUCAAGAAUCGGUCGCGGAAGCGACAAACAAGAAAACGAUCUCGCCGAGUUGAAACGCAAACAUGCUGCGGAAAUUGAUAAGCUCAAGAGUGAAAUCAGUGCAAUGCAUGACAAGCAUCUCAGUGAUUUGGACGAUGAGAAGGAGCAGUACAAUAAGGUUGUUGAUCAGCUCAAGAAUGUUGAGGAUGACCUACGUGACAAAAUCAAUAACCUCGAAAAGCAACUUGCUGACUCUCUCAAUCGUGAGAAUGAAUUGGAACGCGAAAAGCGCAAUUUUGAUGAGAAAAUCAAUAGCCUUUACGGACAAAACCAGAAGCUUCGCGAUGAUUGGGAGGACUUCCGAAAUGAAACGGAUAAGGAAAUUCAAAAGUGGAAGACUGAUGCGUACACAGCUCGAUCAGAGACAAAAGCGUUGGAAACUGCCAACACUGGUUUGAAGGCUCAACUUCAAGCUGCCACCGAUCGCGUUGAUCAUUUGACGAAGACUGUCAAUGAUCAAACCGCAAAGAUCAGAGACAUGACAUCUCAAAUUCGGCGCCUUGAAGACGAAUUAUCCGACAGCAAAGCAAAUCUCGUUCAAAAGGAUAUGGACUUGGAAAGCAUUCAAAACAGAUUGAGGUCUUUGGAAGAGCAAUACAGCACUCUUCAAAGUGAUUCAAGCAAAUGGAGAAGCGACUUGGACGCGGCGCUUAGAGAAAAUGAUAUUCUCAAGAGUUCCAAUGCGAACCUUGAAACCGAGCUGAAUCGCCUUCGCAAUCGGCUGAAGAGCGUUGAAGAAGCGCUUAAAGAGUCAAAGAAUGCUUUAAGUCAUUUCAAGACUGAAAAGGAACGCCUCCAAAACGCUUUCCGCGAGAAGACCAAACAAGCUGAUCAUCUUAAUCAGCUCUCUUCACAAUUCGACAACAAACUCACCAAACUUCGCUCAGAAUUGCAAGAGACCAGUGACAAGCUCAUCUCGUCUGAUUCGGAAAGAAACGCACUUCGCAACGAGCUGCAAAAGCUCCAACAAGAACUGAAAUUCGGAAAUGAGCAGAUCCAACGCAAAUCUGAUGAGUAUCAAACAACAAUUGACGAUUUGGCUCAUGCUCACCGAGUAUCGGAAGAUGGAAGGCUCAAUGCUCUUCAAGAAUUGGAGGCCCGCAAAUAUGAAAUCAACGACUUGACAUCGCGCCUUGACAGCGCCGAGCAACGUCUGCUCGCUCUCCAACAAGACUACAUCAAGGCUGACUCUGAGCGCGACCUUCUUGCCGACGCACUUCGCCGCUUCCAAGCAUCAGCGAAUCGCGUCAUCAACUUCAACACAUUCGUUGACGGUGGAGUGUCAUCGACGUUCCCCGACACCAAGCCAUACGAUGGAACCGGUCCAGCCGGCGCCGGCUACCAUCAGACUGACAUCAAUAUUCUGAGCGGCGGCGGAAUUGGCGGCGGAAACACUGGAGGACCAGGCGAAUCUGAUUUCGGUCGAGAAAUCGAAAUAGGUCGCGGCGACUCGGAUGAUGUCGCUUUUCCUCGUUCCGUGCCAUUCCCGCCGGCAACAGAUUACAGCAGCACUAACAGAGGAGGUGUUGCUUCGGCUGGUGGUCGUGUGAUUUCGAACAUUGAUGGUACCACAACAGUCAAUGUUAAUGAUAAGUUCGACAUUAACAAUCUUGAAUCGACCCUGCAAAAUUUGCUCAACAAGAUUGAGAAGCUUGAAGUUGAACGCAAUGAACUCAAAGACACUCUUGCUCGCCUGAAGAAGAAGACUUCAGAAUCAACCACGACAAUCUCACAUCACGAAACUCGCUAUAGAAACAUUGAGGAUAACCUUCAGGAUAUUGAAGAUGAGAAGAGAGGAUUGGAGGCUCGUCUAUUAUCAGCAAAGACACUUCUGCGAUCCCAGGAAGAAGCCUUAAAACAACGUGACGAAGAAAGAAGACAGAUGAAGUCAAAGAUGGUUGCUGCUGAACUUCAGGCUCGUGGAAAGGAGGCUCAACUUCGUCAUCUCAAUGAACAACUCAAGAAUCUUCGAACUGAUCUUGACAAUGCGCAUGCUGAUGUUAGAGCUCUUCGCGACAAGGAGGAAGCUUGGGAUGCCACUCGCUUCCAACUCGAAACCAAGAUCCGCGAGAGUGACUCUGAUGCCAACAAACUUCAAUUGCAAAUCGCAUCCUUUGAAAGCGAGAGACAGACGUUGACCGAAAAGAUAAAAGAACUUGAUGGUUCUUUGAGACUCAGCGAGGCCAAGGUCCAAGACAUGAAGGAUGACGCUGACAAGCUUAGACGUGAUUUGGCCAAAUCUGAAAGCAUUGAGAAUGAGCUCCGAAAGAGCAUCGAUAUGCAGAGCAAGACUUCGCACGAAUACCAACUGCUUAAAGAUCAACUUCUGAACACUCAGAAUGAGCUCAAUGCUGCAAAUGCUCGCAAACAGCAAGUUGAAAAUGAGCUCAUCAAUGUUCGCAGCGAAGUGCGCGAUUACAAACAACGAGUCCAUGAUGUGAACAAUCGCGUGUCCGAUCUCCAGCGUCAAUUGCAAGACGCUAAUUCUGAGAAGAAUCGACUUGAAGACCGCCUUCUUUCAAUUGAAAAGGUGGUUAACACUCAAAGAGCAACCGAAACUGAGCUGCGCCAACAAUUGGAGAGCGCCAAAAAUGAUCGACGCUCGGCGAUCAAAGAGCUCGAGGAACUCAAGCGACGACUCAGUCAACUUGAGAAUGAUCGUCGCAACAACUCUCAACAAGCUGAUAGCUGGAAGAAGGAGAAGGCGACGUUGUUGAAAAAGAUUGAGAUGUUGGAGAAUGACAAACGGCGAACUGAUGCCGCCAUUCGGGAGACCGCACUUCAACGCGAGGCAAUUGAGAAGUCGCUCAACGCCAUGGAGCGUGAGAAUAAGGAGCUUUACAAAAACUGCGCUCAACUUCAACAGCAAAUUGCCCAACUCGAAAUGGAAAAUGGUAACAGAAUUCUUGAGCUCACCAACAAACAGCGCGAAGAGCAAGAGCGUCAGUUGACGAGAAUGCGUCAGGAGAAGCUCCAGAUCGAGAAAGUUAUUGAGAAUCGCGAGCGAACUCAUCGAAAUAGAAUCAAGCAGCUUGAAGAUCAAAUUGCAAUUCUUCGCGAUCAGUUAGACAGUGAACGUCGCCGUCGUAGGGAAUAUGUGGAUCGAUCGCUUGUCAGCGAUAUUGGAAGACUUGGAAGCAAUGUCCUUGGAAUUCGCAGCUACGGAGAUAAUAACAUUGAUGCUCUUCUUCAAGGUGGAAGCCGCUCUGUCGGAUUCUAUCCAAGAUCAACGUAUGCUUCAAAUCCAUUGACGCCGCCAUUGGGCACUUCAACGCCAACGCACCGCCCGCAAAUCUCGGACUUCCGCAGCGCCGUCGACGCCGGUAGCAGCUUCCGUCGCAAUCUUGGCGGCGACGAUACUGGAUCGAUUUAUGGAGGCCGCGAUUCGGUCUAUGGCGGUCGCGAUUCGUCAUUCGGCACACGCGCUGGCGAUUCGAUUUCGCGCGCCGGCGACAAUGCGUCUCGCGCCGGUGAGAGUAUCUCGCGUGACACCGAGCCACGAGAUCCGUCAAUCGUGGAAAUCCCAUCGAAUGAGGAUGUCAUGCAGUCAUCGCACAUCGAAACUCUUACACGCGCUCGCGAAGAUCUUUAA